AUGCCGUCGUCUUCACAUUAUCGGAUCUGCUUGUUCGCCGGCGCCGCCCUAACGCUGUUAUUUUUUGCAUCGGCGUUUGCCGACGACGUCGUUGUGCUGACAAAGGAGAAUUUCGAGAAAGAAGUCGGUCACGAUCGCAGAGCUCUCGUUGAGUUCUACGCUCCUUGGUGUGGACAUAGCAAAAAGCUUGCUCCUGAGUAUGAAAAGCUCGGUGAAAGUUUUAAGAAGGCAAAAUCUGUUCUGAUUGGCAAGGUUGAUUGUGAUGAUCAAGAGAACCUCUGUAGUAAGUAUGACGUUUCUGGAUAUCCCACCAUAAAGUGGUUCCCUAAGGAAUCCCUGGAGCCAAAAAUGUAUGAAGGUGCAAGGACUACAGAAGCUCUUGCCGAAUUCGUGAACAAUGAAGGAGGGUAUAUAUGGACAAAUGUGAAGAUUGCUUCAGCCCCUUCAAACGUUGUCGUCCUGACUCCAGAUAACUUUGACGUGCUCGAUGAAAAAAAGAAUGUUCUCAUCGAGUUUUAUGCUCCUUGGUGUGGUCACUGCAAGAAUCUUGCUUCUACCUACCAAAAAGUUGCAACGGCAUUCAAGCUGGAGGAAGAUGUGGUCGUUGCGAAUAUUGAUGACGACCAACACACGGAUCUUGCGCAAAAGUACGGUGUUAGUGGUUUUCCCACGUCGAAAUUCUUCCCAAAGGACAACAAGGCUGGUGAGGAUUAUGAUGGUGGCAGAGAUUUGGAUGCAUUUGUUACUUUCAUCAAUGAGAAGACUGGUACAAGCCGAGAUGGGAAGGGACAGCUGACAUCAAAGGCUGGUAUAGUGGAGAGUCUUGAUAACUUGGUGAAGGAAUUUUUAAGUGCAACAAAUGACGAGAAGAAAGAUAUAUUCAAGAGGUUGGAGGAGGAAGCUGAUAAGCUUGAUGGUUCUUCUGCCAGGUAUGGGAAAAUCUAUGUGAAAGCAGCUAAGAGCUGCCUUGACAAAGGUUCCGAUUGUGCUAAGAAUGUAGUUCUUCGUUUGCAGCGCAUGCUUGCCAAGUCAAUCAGUGCAACAAAGGCUGAUGAGUUCACCCCGAAGAAGAAUAUUCUAUCGACCUUUGCUUCCGAACAGUGA